AACUACGAUUUGCUGUUCCAAUUGAACGGACUGCAGCCAAACGAGAAUCUGUCACUGAUGUCAUAUCUAAGGGCGGGAUUCCCGGACGAGGAGAGCGCCGCGGAGCUGCGGCAGAAGCAGGCCUCCCAGUGGGCCUUCCGCUCAAGGAGAGGUUGAAGAACUAGAAGCUUAGACAUGUAUACGAAAAUCUUUCGCGCUGUGAUAAUCGGAGCCCCCGGCUCGGGCAAAGGAACUAUUUCGGAAUUGAUCUGCAAGAACCACGGAUGCGUGCACAUCUCCACGGGCGACAUUCUGCGCCAGAACAUCAUAAAAAAUACGGAACUGGGAAAGAAGGCGAAGCAGUACAUUGCUGAAGGUAAACUGGUGCCCGACGCGAUUGUGACCAAGACUAUGCUGGCCCGUAUAACCGAGGUGGGCAACAGGUCGUACAUCUUGGACGGAUUCCCGCGCAAUAUUGCCCAGGCCGAGGCACUGUCUGCGCGCGAGCAAAUCGAUGCCGUGAUCACGCUGGACGUUCCACACAGUGUGAUUAUCGACCGGGUCAAGAAUCGCUGGAUCCAUGCGCCAUCCGGCAGGGUAUACAAUAUAGGCUUCAAGAAUCCCAAAGUGCCUGGCAAAGAUGAUGUGACGGGGGAGCCGCUGAUGCAACGCGAAGACGAUAAACCCCAUGUGGUGGCCAAGCGACUGGAGCUCUACGAUGAGGUGAUGAGCCCGGUAAUAGCCUGGUACGAAAAGCAGGGCCUGGUCGCCACUUUCAAAGGAAAAAAGACUAAGGAGAUCUGGCCGAUGAUGGAGCUUUUCCUCAACGACCGCAUAAAUGCGUAAUGGAACAACCCCGAAAUUACAUCCAAUGUGCACAAACUAACGAUAAACUGCUGUGUUCAAUUAAGUGCAUAAUAUAUUUAGAUAUAUAUAUAAACGAAUACGUAUGAAAUAUGUAUGUUUGUGGGCCGGUUAAGAGGAACAGGCGUAUAAUUAAUGUAAUUGCGAAGCCUUACACAGUAGCAGCUGUCAUGUAUUCCUUCUUCCACAGAUAUCAUUCCCCUCAUGAGCAUGUCUUGCAGCUCCCCCCUUUUUUGUAUAAACAUAUUUUUGUACUGGUAUUCUGUGCUCUGAUAAUAAAUCGCGUUUGUUAUAUACAUACAUAUAUAUAUAUUUGCGCUGAUAACGCCAUAA